AUGGCACCACCUGCACCUUUUCAGAUCUGUCUGUGCGAGAAGCCAGAGGACGAGAAGCGAUGCUUGGAUAUCAGGAUGUACGUCGCUUGCUUGAAACGAUCGUCGAGACGGAGUUGCAGCCCAAAGCUCGCGGUCCCCUCAGGAAGCGAUCGAACUGAUCGCUGACCCGCCGAGCAGAGAAGUCUUCAUCGACGAACAAGGCUUCUCAAUGGAAGAUGAACUGGACGCAAAAGACCCCGGAUCGGAUCACCUCAUCUUGGUCGAUACGGAGACGGAGCAAGACAUCGGGACGAUUCGCUGGUAUCCCCCGAUGGGGAAAUUGGGUCGGCUGGCGGUGAGGAAGGAGUAUAGGGGGAUUGGAGCUGGUCAGUUGAAAGUUUUCGGCGUGGGAGAAUGGAUUUGAUGUGGGGUAACCGACUGAGAGGAUCCUGUAUGUGCAGGUAAAUGGCUCGUCGAAGCCUUGGAAGAUCAUUUACGAUCGAGGAGGGGCAAAGGCGGGAUCGCGAACGAGGAUAAAGACGAGGUCUUGAUUGUAACGAAUGCCCAGAUCUAUGCCGAGAAGUUUUAUAACAAGGUAAGUCGUACACUCGCCAAGAGAGCCGGCGAGCAUACUGUUGAUGUAGCGUGUUCCGGGGUGCAGAACUUGAUCUGUGAAGAAUCAGGUGUGGGCUCACUUUGCUGAGGUGUGAAUGAUUCUACGUGCAGUGCGGAUACGAGGCGGAAGGAGUUCCAUUCCAAGAGGUGAGAUCUUCGGAACAUAUUGUGGAAGUUACCGUCGAGGACGCUGAUGGGGGGGGGAUCUAUUAUCUCGGUCGACGUCGUUGGUGCUUCUUGACUCGUGUUCACAGGACGGGGCACCGCAUUUGAGGAUGGUCAAGACGUUGAAGAUCUAA